AUGCUGUUUUAAUAAUUUUAAGUAAUGAAUUAAUAGAAAUUCACAAUUUUCACAUAAAACAGACAUAUUUAUGUGUUGGAAGAAGUAUUAGGAUAAGGGUCUGGAGGAUCUGUCUAUAGAGCUUAUAAAGUGUGCAAUAAUUAAAAAUAAUAUGUGGCAUUAAAGAUUUAACCUUACAUAGAAAAUUCAGAAUUAUAAACUUUAUAAAUACUUCGCCAAUAAAAUUUGAAUCAUAAUAUUAACAUUUUAAACUUAGAUUAAUACAAUAAUUAAGCAAUAAUUGUUAUGGACUUGGCUGAUGGGUCAUUUCAAGAUUUUUGGAGGAAAUCAAAAAUUGAUGAUAUAUAAGAAAUACUUUGUUAUUUCAUUUAAGUAGUUAUCAAAUAUAUACUUAAAGAUAGUUAAAGGAACAAAUGAAUUACAUUAAUUAUCGUUAAUACAUCGAGAUUUAAAAUUGGAAAACAUUGUUUAUUAGGAAAGAAAUAAUUAAAAGCACUUAAAGUUAUGUGAUACUGGAUUGAUAAGACAAUAGAUUGGUAGAAAAACAGUCAGUGUAGGAACGCCAUAUUAUAUGUCACCUGAAUAAAUAAAUUAAUCAAUUUAUGAUGAGAAAAUUGAUAUUUGGGCUUUGGGAAUGAUACUUUAUGAAAUGUUGGCCAAAUAAGUAAUGGUGAAAGGUAUUAAAUUUAUUAAUUUAUGAAGGAAAUUCUAUUGCAGAAAUAUUGAGAAAUAUUUUAGAUCUAAAUUAAAACAAUAUUAAUACUCAGAUUGAUAGAUUAUACAUUAAUGACGAAAAAUAUUCGAAUGAAAUUAAAAACCUAUUAAAAAAGAUGAUAAUAAAAGAAAGUACAAAAAGAGUAAAUGCAGAAUUUGUUGUAACAGAAUUGUAAAGAAUUUUAAAUAUUAAGCCAUAAGAACAUAAUAAUAAUUAAGAACAUAAUAAUAAUAAUUAUUAUUAAUAUAAUCUGAAUCCUGAAAUUAAGGAACAACUUAGGUUAGAAUUUUAAAGAGAUUUUGAAUAAAAAUAUCAUCAAGAAUAGGAGAAAUUAAAUGAAUAACACAAAUUAGAAAUUAUUGAAUAUUAUCAAUAAGAAUUAAUGAAAUAGAAAAUGCAAGUUUAAAGAGAAACUGAAGAGAAUCUUAAAGCAUAAUAAUAAAAAGAACUUAAUAUUUUAAAAUAAGAAUACAAUAAGAAUAUACUUAAUUGUAAUUAGUAAUAAAUAGAACAAUUAAAAUAUCAAUAUGAAGAGGAAAAGUAGAAGAUUAUAAAAUAUAUGGACUAAAAAUAUUAAUUAAUUUAUUAAUAAGAAUUAAAAAAUAAAGAACUUGAUCUUCAAAAAGAGAUGGAUAAUAAGAUUCAAAUUGAAUUAAAAAAUAAAGAAUAGAUGAAUAAAAUUUUACUUAAAGAAUAAUUUUAGAAAUAUUAUUAAGAAGAGUUUGAAAAGAGAUCUAGAAAUUUAACAUUAUUUUAAAAUUAAUUGAUGAGUGUUUAAUAGAAUUUAAAUAAAAGUUAAAUGUUAAUUAAUAAUUAAUUAAAAGAUUUGAAUAAUUAAUUUAAAUUGAAUUAAUCAUAAAAAUUAAACAAAUUUAUUUUUGACUAUGAGAAAUAAUUAAAAGAUAAACUUAAUUAAAUAGAAUCAAUCCAAUAACAACUCUCUCAAUUAGUUUUAAAUUCAGAUUCUUAAUAAAACUAAUACAACAGCGUGAUUGAUGUAAAUAUUAAAAGUUUAGAAUAAAUUAAAAAUAGUUCUUAAGAAUUAAUAUGUCCUAAUUUAAUUGAAAGUUUUAUCCAAAAUUCUAAUUAACUUCUUGAAGAAAUAAGAGAAGAAUAAAAUUAAUUAAUGAUUUAACAUGAAAAAUCACUUUUGUAAGACUAAUUAGUUGAGUCUGAAAAAGAAAUAUCUUAAUUACAAAAACUAUUUUUAAAAUAAAAUGAAUCAAUAAAGGAAGUUUAUACAAUAAUAGAUAGUUUAGAUUAAAAAGAUAUGGAUUCAAUAAAAUAAUAUGAAAUUUUAAAUUAGUAAUAUAAUAAAUUUCAUAUGGAAUUCUAAAUUAUAGUUAAUUCAAUAAAGUUAAUUAGAGAAGAAGAUUUGAAAGUGGAAAUGCUUUAAAAAUAAAAUUUACAAAUGUCUAAUUUGGUAGAUAAUGUAAAUAAAUUAUAAUCAAAUAUAUUAUAUUUUAAAUCUAAAAUCUUAGAUUAAAAAGAAAGGGAAAAAUAAAUGAUUUCAAAUCAAUUAUAAAAUUUCAUUGAGACUAUGGAUGAUUGGGAAUAAAAAAUAGAUCAUCUUAAUUAGUCAUAAUAACCAUACCUCUCUGAAGAAUUAAAAGAACAAUUUGAGUAGUUAAAUAAGGAAUUAGAGGUUUUAUUUGAAAUAAAAAAUAGAAUAAUCUAAUUACUAAAUGAAAUAAAAUUGAAUUAGAAAUAGGACUAUGUUAAAUAAUUUUCUGAAAUUUAAUAAUAAUUUUCAAUUUCCAUUUUUAAAUUAGAAUUAAUUGAAAAGAAUUAUUAAAAAGAAUAGAUAAAUUCAUAAUAUAAAACAAAAGAAUUAAUUUAUGUUUAAGAGGAACAACAAAAAAUUAAUUCUAAUUUAAAAUAACUUUUUGAAUCUAUUUUGAAAAGAAUUAAUAGUUUAUAAAAUCAAUUUUAAAGCUUAUCAAUUUUAUGCAGUAACUAAAUUAUAUAUUAACAUCUAUCUAAAUAAUUAUCGUUAAUUAUAAAUAUAUUUGAUAACUAUUAAAAAAUAGUUCAAGAUAUCAACAAGAGUAUUAUUAAUUUUUAGAAAACUAAUUUUAAAACCAAAAAUGAAAUAAAACUAGAAGAAAGUAAAAUUACUAUUUAAAUUAAUCUUUUAUCUCAAAAUCUUGAUCCUAUUUUUAAUAGUCUAAUUGAAAUCAAAAAAUAAAUAGCAGAACCAAACGAUAUAGAAUGGGAUAAUGAUCUUAAAUAUUUGAUUAAUUAAUUUGAAGAUCUUAAACUUGAAUUAUUUGAUAUUAAAUUAAAUGAAAAAGAUGAACAAAUUUAUAACACAUUAUAUGAUUAAAAAUAGGAAGUUUAAAAUAAUAUUAACAAUUCUUUAAAUUAAUGUGAAAAUUAAAUCAAAUAAAACAUUGAUUUAUUGAUUCAAUUUUAUUAUAUCUAAGAACAAUCUAAUUAAUAAUUGAAUGAAAUCAAAAAGUAGUAAUAAACUAGAUUAAAUAAAAAGAAACAAAUUUAUAAUACUUGGAUUGAAGAAUAAAAAUAGAGAAUUUUAGAAAUUCAAAAUCAAGUUUAAAAAUAAGAAAAUUAAAAAAGGGAAGAAUUUAUAAAUAAUUUCAUCAAAGAAUAUAAAGAAGUUAGUUUUUUUAUUGAAAAUUAGAAUUUAAAAAAUCAAAUUAGUGAAAUAGGGCAAUCAAAAAAUCAGUAUAAAUUAAAUGAAUACUAUUAAUUAGCAUAAUAAUAUGGAAAAAAAAUAGAAGAAUUAAAACGUAAGAAAUAAUAAAAUCAAUCGUAUUUUUAAACUCAUAACUUUUAUACAUAACAGAAUUAAAUGCUUAACUGUAUUGAAGCUCUUUUUCAAUUAUAUUGCUUAACUGGAAGAGAAAAAAUCAAUUUAGAAUAAUAGAAAACAAAUACAAAUGGUUAGGGUUGGGGUAAAAGACAAUAAAUAAAAGAAACUGAACUAUAAAAUAGCAUAGAAUCUCUUAAUAAAAUACAAAAUUGUUUUAAUAUUUUAAAUAAUUAAUAAAAAGAUUUCUUUAAGAUUGAAGUGUUUGUAGAAUCAAUCAAAAAUUAUCUUAACUACUAGAAUGAGAAGAUUGAUUUAGAAAGUAAUAUUGAUUUCGAAGGGUAACUUUAAUACUUAACUAAAAUAAUAUUUGAUUUAAUUUAAAAAAAAUAAAAUACUAUCAAUGAAAAGAAUAAAGUGAAAAUAAAAUAUUAAAUAAAAUAGGAUGUUAAUUUUAUUUAAACUCUAAAAACUGCAUUUAAUUGUCAUAUUCCUAAUUGCUAAUAAUUAAUUCCACCUUUAGUUGGAAUAAAAGAAUUGCUUGUAUAACAACAUUAUUAGACAUAAAAAAAUAUUUAUUGA